CAGUACGCGAAAUACGACUGUUUUGUCCCUCGUCAUUUCCCGUCGUUGUUAUGCCAUAGCUGCGGACGUGCAAGUUAACAGCAGGUUUAACGUGAGAAACAGAAGACCACACACAAUGUCCAGCAGUGUGCUGUGUGGUCGGGGCCGGCUGUUCCUUUCUAAGACUGCUGGCCAUCAAGUACUAGCUGCCCUGCGAGUGGGAAGAACCAGAACCUUCUCUGCUGCUAGCUCCGACGAGCCGUACAUAUCUUCAUCACACACAGACUCAGGCCCCAGGACCGUGUGGCCCGAUGAGAGCAUGGGACCGUUUGGACCUCAGGAUCAGCGCUUUCAGCUCCCGGGUAACUCUGGCUUCGACUGCCACCUGGAGGGCAUGGGCCACCAAAAGAAAUUAAAGACUCCAGUCCACAGGACGGUGCCGGACGUACUGACGGCCCCCAGCUGCACGGAGAGACACCAGUUCAUCCUGGCCCAGUUCGUAAAUGAGUUCCAGGGAAAUUUGGGUGGUAUAGACACGAGAGUGAACAAAGCUGAGCAGUACUUUCAUCAGACGGACACAGACUGCGCCAUAAGUUCCUGCCCUGAGCUGCUAAGGAAAGAUCUUGAGCUGAUGUUCCCCUCAGCGCCCACUGCCUCCAUCACAGUUGUGACGGUCACUCAGAGUAACAGUCGGUGUGAGGAGGCGGCAGAGCAGGACAGAGAGCAGCAGCUCAACAAAUUUGUGAGCGGAGCGAAGGAAAUGUGCUUCGCUCUGUGGACUGCAGGCUACUGGGCGGACUUUAUUAACCCGACAACAGGAGAAGCUUUCUUCGCAUCUCCAUCAAGUCAAACCAAACUGCGGACAGAGGAGGAACUCAGAGAUCUGGGUUUCCACAUCGAAGUGUCCGGCUCCUGCACAGUUAUUCGCCACAUCCUGAGAGGAACGUCUUUCUUUGUGGGGACUGUUUUCACCAACGCACCUGCUCACAGUGCUGCUAUCGCAAGACUACAAGGACUUUAAAAUGUACUCUCUGAUGAGGGAUAGGCUUCUUUUUUUUUAAAUAUUGCACAGGUCUAAAUCUCCCCCUCAAGAAAUGCCUCUAUUAUGUUUGACGAAGCUAGGAACUUGAUAUAGUGUUGCCACGGUGGGCGUUUGUUUGACUGUAACGAGGACUGAGACCUUAGCGUUGAAGAGGUCAACCUGACUUACCUUGCACUAAAUCCUGGGAGAAACACACACUCGGUGCAGGGGGAAGAGCUCUUAUUACCAAUAAAAGGCAUUUCAACAUGUUAUAUCUGCCGUUUGAUAAGUUUGUAGACGAUAUGAGAGGAUGACGACACUUGUGUUUUUUGAUAACACAACCAUGGACUGAACUGGAAACACAAACCGUUUCAUAUUUAUGGUGCAGUGUUGUCAAUGUUUCUCUAACCCAAUGCACAUCAUCUGGAGUUGAAGCACUGUAGUUGUGACAGUCUGAGACAAUAAAGUGACUUUUCAUCCGGUUAUUUGGACACUU